AUGGCAUCAGUUGGUUCCCUGAAUCCGCUAGCCAAUGCUUUUAAAAAGAAAUCGUUCAAGAAUACGGGAAGAAACAUUAAGAACAGGACUCAAAAUAGACUGAAGGUAAACAACGGUGAUGAUAACAGGGAACAGCAUGUAGAUUCACAAUCACAAAAACAAGGUGAACAUCUAUACGUUACGAAACAUAAAAGGCUAAUCAUUCCGAAAAUAUCGCAAGAAGAUGAUUGUAAGAUAGGGCCUUUAUUGAAUGGGGCAGAUCCUGGAAGUAUGGGAUUCCAGAGCAACACAAGGCACAAAAACCGAGAAUUGCCUCGAUAUCUACUGCACCAAGCACCAAUACUACAUAGUAAGUCAUUUACGCCGGAUGCUUGGGAUGUAGCUAAUCAGAAGAAGAUGCUGAGUCUUGAGAAUGCAAUCUCAGACGUUUCAGAGCUUUGGGAAACAUUAAAGAAGAUAAGAGACGUAGAGAGGAAAAUUAUGGAGCAGAAAGGUCUUGUUGAUAGGGCGGAUUCUGCUAAGGAUUUAAAUGAUGCAAUAGUUUUUCAGGGCACAUGUCCGGAUAUGUGUCCUAUAUUUGAACGAGCAAGAAGAAGCGUCGAAAAUAAUGUUGUGAGGUAUGAGAAAGAGCAUCCUGACGAUAAGAAGAUUUCAAGGGUCAAAGCUCUAAAGGUAUUUUCAAGGCCUGCGGCUGCAGCCGUUCCUCCUUUGCCCUCUGAUGUGAGACCUCCACAUGUUUUGGUGAAGACUUUGGAUUAUAUAGUUGAGAAUAUUAUCCAACAUUUACCUGAGUGCGAGAGUUUUUUGUGGGACAGGAUGAGGUCAAUCAGACAGGAUUUUACAUACCAGAACUAUUGCGGGCCUGAGGCUGUCGAUUGCAACGAGAGAAUUGUACGAAUUCAUUUGCUUAUUCUCCAUGUUAUGGUCAAAGCUGACGUGGAGUAUAUUCGUCAACAGGAAUUGGAGCAAUUGCAUAAAGCACUGAUCACGCUCUCAGAGAUAUAUGAAGAAGUCAGGCAGCAAGGAGGAAGCUGUCCGAACGAGGCGGAAUUCAGAGCUUAUGCUUUACUAAGUAAGAUUCGAGAUCCAGAAUAUGAUAGAGUGAUUCAAGGCUUACCGUCUGAAAUUUUUCAUAACGAUUUGGUUCAGCUUGCUAUAUGUUUUAGAAGGGUAAUUUCCAACACUUCUUACAUGGAGAGAGGUCACAUUAAAACAGAAAAUAGCCUUAACCUAUACCUUAGGUUUUUUCAGUUGAUUAAAUCUGGACAAGUGCCCUUUUUAAUGUGUUCAUUUUUAGAAGUUUACGUGAAUGAAGUUAGGUUCUCUGCUAUGAAGGCUUUAUCUUUGACAAUCUCUAAAAGACAGAAGAACAUCCCGUUUAACUACUUCAUCGAAAGUUUGCUCUUCAAUAAUGUGGAUGAACUUCUAAGCUUUUGUCGUUACUAUUCAAUAGAUACGGAUGACUCUGGUGUUUCAUUGAAGUCCUUAAAACACCAUUCGCAUUUAAUUCCCGAAACUAAACCUUUGAAACAAAGUUACCUUACAUCUGUGGAGGAGAAAUUAAAAAGUGUAUCACUAGUUACUUUGAUAAACUCUGGAAAGCCAAAUGUAGGUAUUCUAUCUGAAAACAGCAAUGCACUUUUAACUAAAGCAGUGAAAAUAGAGGUUACACCGGAACCAAUCCAGGUAUCUAGUGAGGCCAAAACUGAGGACAUUGUUGCUGGUUCUCAAUUAGCAUCAUCAUCGCUAUUGCCAUUACCAGGCAUAGACGAACAACAUGUAUCUGACCCACAGCCAACUAGACAUACGUUUCAAUUGAUGCAGAAUGCAAAUGAUGGAUCUGAAAGACUGGAACAUUUCACCUCGAACCCUUUGGAUUCAUCAACAGUUCCACAUGAGGGUCGAAGUUCUAAUACACCUUUUACGGGUAUACAACCAUUUACGGCCUCCUUUCCAUUUAGUGCCGACAAUCAUACACCUCAAAAAAGUUUAGAGGAAACAAUAAAAACAAAUAAAACUAGACCAUCCGCUCAAGAACAAUAUCAGGAAAAACAUGAGCAGAACACUGAGGAUAAAAACUUAGCUUCAAAUAGAAAUUCGGAUGAAACUGAACAUGUAAUAUUUGAAGAACUGGAACAGCUGAAAGAGCAAAAAGAAAUCAGAAAUGAAUAUGUGGUAAAACAGCUCUCAGACGCUUUGAUAGGAGACGUUGUUGGUACCAAGUUGUCUUCUCUAAUUAAAGACGAAUUUCGCAGGAAAGAGCAGAAGCGUUUGCAAAUAAAAACUUUAUCCGAAGCUUUAUUUAAUGCAUUUAUUCAUGAAACGUUAUAUUUCAUAUAUGCAGAAUCAAAAUCAGAUUUGUUUUACGAACGCCAUGUAUUAAGAAAAGUCUUCAAGAAAUGGUUUACCAAAUAUCAAAGCAGUAAGCUUGAGCGCGAGUCCAGACUCAAACAUAAAGAAGAAUUACAACAAGUUGGUAAACAGUUGGGAAUUCCAUUCUUAAAAAGACCGCGGACUUCGGAUUCCCAUAACUCAUCAACUUCAAUUAUCCAAGCGAAUUCGUCUUUUAUGAAGACCCCAAAAGCUUGGGUAUAUACCCCCGUUGCGACAGAAACAAAUCAUUUUAGCACUCCGGUCCGUAGGAAUUCAGCUUUAUGGCUUCCUAUCGACUUGAAAGAGGAGUAUUGCAACCGCAUCUCAGUUUCAGAAGAACUUAUUGCACAUUCUGAUCUAGCAUCAAAUGCAGACCAUAAACAAGACAGUGUUGGCUUAUAUGUCUAUUCAAAAAAUUGGAAUUCUAUUUCAGGGUCUUGGUUAUUAAGCAAAUUCUCAUUAAAUGACCGUACCUCAUUUGUCUCAUCAAAUCGUGCGGUGAAGCUAUCUGUUAUAAAAUUGAGUAACGAUUAUAAUCCAAGCAAAUUUAGCACACUUCAAUUACUUGUGUUUAAUACCGGGGUUACAGAUUCCGAUAUUUUUGACUUAGAAAUGAAAAUGAAACAGGAUGGUGAAAAGUUGAUUGAAUUAGUCCAUGGAAUUGCGUUAAACACGAAUUAUAGAUUUAGUCUCUUAAUUGUAUUUUGGGUAUCAGCCGAGAAUCCCUGGGAUGAUAACGUCAUAGCGAAAUACUUGAAAUUAAAUACGAUUGCAAGACUGUUUGGGACAAUUAUACAAUCCAUUGAACUUUGCAAAAUGAACAAUGACAGACCUGACGAAAUAUUACUAAGAGGGUUAGUCAAGAUUGCGGAAAAUUUUAGGUUCGAGCUGACUGAGCGAGGUGCCUAUAAUAGAUCAAUUAUGAGAAGAAACCUAGCCGGGGCUGGUGGAUUUUCACAUAUGAACUUAACAGAGCCUUUGAGUGAUCUCGAUGAGAAACUGCAUAAAAUGAUUGAAUUAGAAAAACGGAAGCACGAUGCGUACAAAAAUAGAAAAAGCUUAUAUGCUCACUUACAGAACCAUAUUAAUGCAUCUCCAAAACUUAAAAAGACAAAGUUACCUGUUUUGCUCUCUGAAAACCAUAAGAAUAGGUCUAAGACCCCUCAGAGAAUUUUACCACAUUGGAGGUCUCUUUCUGAAUCUCCGGGUUCCUCGCUAACAUCCAUUUCUUCACACCUGGCGGGCAAGGUGAAACAUCUUCCACCUUCAAUACCAACUUAUGGAACACCAAGUCAACUUGCUCCAUCACCAAGCAGUGGUGACAAUAAGUUGAUCUUUCAAACGCCGUCAGCAGCAAUUCUAGGCGGUAGCAGUACAAGCAUACCUAUUGCUGGAACUGCUAAUACAAGCGGACUGUCUAACAUCACCAUCGCCCCGCCAUUAAUGACACCCAUCACCCAAACAGUCCUCGAAACUCCCCCACCCAAGGAGCGGCAGAACUACGUUAAUAAUAAUUACGAUCCGAACGUUGGCACUGAUUCCUUCAUCAACAAAAAUCAAAGCGAAUCCGCUGGUGUGACCCCGGGCUCCAUGGUCUUACGAGAAGCCCCUAAAAUAAUAAGAUGUGGCUUCCGCAUCAUGUCACAAACUUCUGAACCCCCUCAGGAAUCAUCUCCUGAUAACAGGGAACAAGUACCGGACAGUGUGCUAGAAUUGAAGGACCUAAUAGCAAGUGUUAAGAGCAAGCUGAAGAAGUAA